AUGAACUCCCGCGAGCAAUCUGACAUGCCUCCGGCGCCUUCUUAUCCCUCCCCAAACGGCGCGCAGAUGGCCCAAGGCGCCAUGCCGUACUACAGCAACCGUCAAAUGACCACCGACGAAUUGCUGUCCGCCGAGCUGUCGCGCGAAGCUUCCAACCCCGGCCUAGGUGAAUCAAACAAUGGUGUUCAUCAUGGCCAGCCCAUGGUCCUGGGCUCGAACAAUGCUGGUGACAUGGGCCGUACGUCCUCGGACGAUCAACACCAACACCAGCAUAUGUUGCAGUUCCCCCCGAGUCAACAAGUAGGCGUGGACCCGAACCAUGACUUGAGCUAUGGCGAACAAAGCGCGCGCAAGCGAUCCAAGAUUUCAAGGGCGUGCGACGAGUGUCGGCGAAAGAAGGUUCGAUGCGAUGCUAGCUCUGAGACUGGCCUCGAGACAUGUUCCAAUUGUCAGCGUCUGGGUGCCGUGUGUCAAUUCAGUCGCGUUCCAAUGAAACGAGGACCCAGCAAAGGAUAUAUCAAAGAGCUUGCCGAGCGACUCCACACCUUGGAGAACCAGAUGCAGCCCGGAAUUGCUCAACCCGACGUGCCGUACCAGUCGAUGAACGAAGUAUCACUCCCGAGAGGAUACCAGGAUUUCGCGUCGCCGGUCGAGUCAAACCCUGGAAAUCGCAAGAGGACAUUCUCGGCUUUCGAGGGACUCCCCAGCUCUUCGUUUGCCCAGCCAUCCUUCAACGCUCGAGUUUCUCAGAAUGCAUUUGACACGAACGAGACAGCGGCGGACCCGUACAAUCCCUCUGUGGCUAGCGGCACUGCAGCGAAGCCUGGGAACUUGUUCUGGAAUCUCACAGGCAACGAGAACGAUCUGCCAAGUGGUCUUGAGAUGACCGAUUUGCCGAAGCAUGAUGGCGACGAUGACAUGACACCAGUGACCCUGGAUGAGGGUGCUCUUGAUGCAUACUAUCACAAAAUCCACACCUUGCUGCCCAUCUUGCCUCAUACCAAGGAGCGAACACUGGAGCUUUUGCAUCAAUGUAACCGUGAAGCCCAAGAGAUUUUCUGUUACGCCUUGUACAGCGUCACUCGCACCGACCUCACUCGUGUUGCUGGCAAUUUCGAGAAGAUCAGCAGCUUCGACAAUGCUCAAGACCUCUUGCUCUUCCACACUCGCCAACCAUUGAUCGUGACCUCGACUGCCGUCAACUUGAUCUGGCUUCAGUCUCUGCUGCUUAUGAUUGUUGACUGUGACACUCGCGGACCAGACAACUUCGUCCUCAAGGACGGUGUUCCUAAGGAAAGCUUGGUUCAAGCAGCCAACAAGCUGGGAUACGACUUGGCCAAGAACCAAGGACAGCUCAAGAACAAACGCACCGCUGAUCCUGACGUGGACUCGGACGCAAACCUUACUCGUCGCAACUGGGUUUCUUUGAUCAUCUUGGCUCGGUGGUACGCUAUUAGUGUAGCGGAUGCCACUGUUCUGGGAGGUCAUGAGAUCGGUGGCCGCGAAGACGAACGAGUCGUCGGUCAAAUCACAACCGGAAUCGCUUCAUACUCGACAUUCCUCUCGGAGAUGGUAACGUUGGCCAAUGUUGACCACAAUGUUUGCCAAACUAACACAGGGCUUGGGCGCAUAAUUGGAGCUAAUCUGGUAUCUUCACUUGAGCGUUUAGCAGAAAUGGAAGACAUCUUCCAGAUCCAUGAGCUACCAGAGAACACUUCAACCCGUCCACUCUACGAGAGCCUCCAAUCCCAGCUCUACUGGACUGUCCGGCUUCUGAUCAAACGACAUGUCUUUGUCUACAGCCCAUACGAGAUCAUCUUCUGCGCACAAGAAGUUAUCAACGAGAUGCACAAGUCCACUCUCCAAAACCGGCUUCCCUCGCCCUUCGAUCUUCACAGUCUAGCACUCGCCUCUAUGACCCUUCUUGAGGCUACUGUUCUCCCCGAGUACGCAAACGAAUGCUGGGCUGCCCUAGAAAAGGUCGAGAAAAUUCUCGAUGUCCGCUCCAAGCGCGCCACCGAAGGCGCCGAAUUUGACAAUAUUUUCAGCACACCAGAAUGGGAUGCGAAAAUUCGCAUCUUCAUCGAGUGGCGCCGAAUCAAGUCCCAGGAAAGCCAGCUCCAGGAAGCAGAUAUCGGCGUCCUCGCCAAGUCCCAACAACCUGUCAUGGGUCCCAAUGAACAGCGCUCGCUCCAGCAUCUCGCCGAUCUUGCUGUCGGUGCCGAGGGAUCUGUUGGUCAGAAUGCGUCUACACCUCCGCCGGGACUUUCCCAUGAGCACGGCGAAGCGUCGCCAAACCUUAAUCCACAACUAGCUCACUCGCAGAACGGGUCUGGUCGUGUUGUUGUAGACUUUACUAUGCUCACCAAGGAGGGCUACUUGAACGUGUUCUCGGGUUUGAUCUAUCGACGGGCCCGUUGA